CCAUAACUGUGUAAAUAAGGUUACAAAGUUAUUGAAGCUUUUAAAAAUAUGAGAAAAGGGAUGAGAUAAAAGAGCAAAAAUUGCCUUUUAUAACGCAAUGUUGGCAGCAGUGAAAUUCUCAUCCGGACGGAAGGACGCCAAGAAGAUAAGAGUCUUCUUACCAGCGAUUUUGUAAACGAAGUUGUAGGGUAAGUGGAGCUUUUACUGUGAUUAGAAUUGUGGGAUGAUCAAGAUCGAGGCAGAGGAAAUGGACAAUGCUUCUAUGAAAGUGCGCGACAGAUCACCUAUCAACACUACAAUGGACAGAAAUGAUGAUGACGAUUCAAACAUGAGUGGUAACAAAGAAAGAGGUCGUGAUAGAGACCGGGACAGACAGCGUAGAGGGGAUCGUCCUAGCAGAUUUGGUCCUCGAAGUGCAUCACGUGAUAGAGAUAGGGGUGGCCGUAAAAGUGCAGCAGAACGCAGGAUCUUUGUCUCCAAUAUCGCAUAUGAAUUUCGUUGGCAGGAAUUGAAAGACUUGUUUCGAACUGAAGUUGGUGAAGUUGCAUAUGUAGAAUUGUUCACUGAUGAAAAUGACAAGCCCAGAGGCUGUGGUAUUGUUGAAUUUGAAUCUGCAGAUUCUGUUAAAAAGGCUGUAGAAAAGAUGCACAGAUACGAGCUAAAAGGCAGAAAAUUAGUUGUUAAGGAGGAUUUUGAUGUAGAACGUGACAAAUAUGGACGGCCUUUGAAGAGUGUUGGGGGUGGAGGUGGAGGAGGCAGUGUGAGUGCCAAUAGAUUGAGAGAUGAACCACGUGGUCGAUGGGAUCCUGCACCAGGUCAAGCCUCCCUUGGUCAGGCUGGAGCGUCACCUUCCCAGAAAUGGGGCAAUACAUAUGGUUUAAGUCCACAGUUCCUGGAAUCGCUCUGCAUCACAGGACCUUUGGGUACUAAGGUUUUUGUGGCAAAUUUGGACUACAAAGUUGAUGAGAAGAAGCUCAAAGAAGUAUUCAAGUUGGCUGGGAAAGUUGUUAAUGUUGAGUUGUCUCUGGACAAGGAAGGGAAAAGUAGAGGAUUUGGAGUUGUGGAAUAUGAGCAUCCAGUUGAAGCAGUACAAGCAAUAUCUAUGUUACACAAUCAAAUGUUGUACGAUCGCAAAUUGACAGUAAGAAUGGACAGAGCAGAUCAAAAACCAGAUGGACCUCCAAAACUCCCUGAAGGUUUAAGAGCAAUUGGGAUGGGCCUUGGUGCUGGAGGUGCUCCUUUGCAGGAUGUUGCAAGAAACCUACCGAAUAGUCAACAAGUUUCUUCAGGCUUGGUAGCAUCAGUACCUGCGGGAGCUGCAGCAGGAUUAGGAGCUGCUGGAUUGGGUCUUGGGAAUACUGCUGGUCUGCCAGCAAACUUGGCUGGAGUAGGGGGGUUGGGUGCAGGAGGGUUAGUAGCUGGAGGAGCAGGAGAGAUUGGCCUGGGAGCUAGUUUGGGUGGGGCUGCUGGUGCAUUUGCUGGUUCAGGCCUUGCCACUGGGCUUGGAGCUGCUGCAGCUGCAACCGGCCUUGGUGCAGGCCUUGGUGGAGCAGCUGCUGCCCUUGGAGGAGGAAAUUCUUAUGGAGGUGGGUUGGGGGCAGGAAACUCCAAUUCUUAUUUAGGGGGCAACAGUGGUGGAUAUGGGGCUGCAUCAUCAUCUGCUCUAGUUGGUGGCAAUUACGGCAGUGGAAACAGAGAAUUUGAUAAUGUAGGGUUAGGUGCAGGUGGUGUUGGAAGCAGCUAUGGAUCUGGUGUUGGAGAUCGCUAUUACAGAGGAUCAUCAGCUGGUGGUUCCAAUCAUGCAAAUGGCCCUGCUCGGGGUGGAACUGGAGCUGGAAACAGAACUUCAGACACAGUAAUUGUGAAAAAUCUUCCUCCAUCCACAACAUGGCAAAUGCUUCGUGACAAAUUCAGAGAAGUGGGUGAUGUUGAAUUUGCUGAAAUGCGAGGAAAAGACUUUGGGCUUGUCCGUUUCACCAAUGAGUGGGAUGCUGAGCGUGCAACAUGAUGGAUCGCUCCCGUCUUGAAGGGAGAACAAUUGACGUGUGCCUCUUCUAAGUAACUUCUGAGGCAAGCAAGUGUUCUGUUCUUUUAUUCUCAUCAUUCUCUUGCUCGAUACUUGUCUUUUAGAGUUAUAGCAUUAGGGACACUAGUUGUUGCUGAAUAAUAAUACGUAAAUAGGGUCGUGUAUAUGUUGACUGAAGUGAAAUACAGAUGCACAGUGUGAGUUGCUGUCAUUGUCAAACUAGGUUGCGCAAAAGUGUCGUUGUCUUAUGUUUGGACAUUCUUCAAUAAUUGAAGAACAUUGAUUAGGGAUUUCCAUAUCAUUUUAGUCGCUACAUUGAUGUGUAGGGAUUUUUGUAUCUGUGAAUUUUAGUUUUUUUUUGACAUGUGAAUUCUUAUGUGUAGGGACAAGUGUAUUAGUCAUGUAGGAUGAUUGUAAAAGAAAAUGAUCAUUAAUAAAUUGACUUUUAUUAAAUACUUAUUAAUUUCGUUCUUGUGGACUAGUUAAAGUGUUGGUUGCGCAUUUCGCAUCAGACUUGGACGACAACAAGGUGAUGUUACAUGUGUCUGUUUUUUUGGUCACAAAGUAUUGUGUAAAUUGCACAGAGAAGAAGAGUUAAGUCUUCAUGGAAUAUUUUCUUGUUUAAUUGGAAAUAAAGUGCGGCUGUCAUGCUAUUCUCAUCUGAGAAGCUUUGGUGUUGUGGCUGCGUUUUAUUUCCAUUUCCUGUGCUCAGAAAUCUGUUGUUAAGAAAGCUGUUGCCAACAAGCCUGUUCCCCAUGUCCUGUGUCUGGGUUGUGGAAUAUCUUGUUGGUUUCUUUUUCUGGCGGAAUUGGUAAGUGCACUCUAUUUGGGUUUGUAAUGAUCAUAAUCGAUCAUGGUGAAUGAUGUUCAGGUGCAGUAAAGGACUGGUAAGUUGCAAACUUGGGGGUUGCCUGUCUGGAAAAAUGGUUAAAACAGUGUGCACCAUCUGUCUUUUGUGCAUAUGCUGAGAAAUUGGUAAGUGUACAUGUAUGGUUUUUUGGUGCCAAGAGUAUUCCCAUUUUGAUAGUUGGUUCACACCAAACGAAUUUCAUAAAUUCUUGACAUUCUAAUACUCCAUUGACUAAUUGCAAUUCAUACUAUACUUCAUUUCUGUGGGGUAGCAAAGGCUAUUGCAAAAUUCGAUCGUCUAUUUGAGCUAUUUUUCAAAAAAGUAAAGUUGCAGUUUGUAACAGUGAAUUGCAAAAUCUGGAAAUCCUUGUUUGAAAGAUGACACUUGAAUUUUUUCUGCGGGAUGCUGUGGGGUUGCUUGGAGGAGCUGCUGUCCCUCUGGGAGAUUUGCAGAUGUUUUUCUUUGCCCACUCUUUCUCUUUUAUUAGGAACGAUUCCUCUCUGGCCCUCUUUUCUCUUUGCAGUAUUCUUGCCAAGGGGGGGGGGGGUUAUAGUUGCGAAGUUUGCUCUGCACUGAAAUUAUCGAAUCUUUUUUUAGUGAGAAUAAUCUAUUAAUAUAUUUUGUCAAUGCUUAAAUGUAUCUAUUUUAAUUGCAUAAAAUUUUUGCUAUAAUGUUGUACCAAUUGCUUGGAACUUGAUUUUGAAGUUUUUGGAGAGAUUUUGUCUAACAAAGAAAACAAGGUGGGAACAAUAUGAAAGUGACACUAGACCUGAUUGUAUUGUUAGAAGUUUAGAUUCUAGGAGUGGGUUGCGAUAACCUUUUGUGGUUUCUUUCAUUAGUAUUUGUUAACAUUGUUCCGAGAUCCUCUGGCAACUUCCAAAUAGACCGUUUCUCCUCCAAGUCACUUGUUUUUUAUAGUUGUUGUGUGACAUUUCUUCUUGGGAAUAUUGAAGUAAAAAUACAUUGAUGAGCAGAAGUUUGAAUUACUUAGUGGUGGUUAGAAUAUUGCAUAUUUGAAGCUUUUGAGGUCUCCAAUUACUGGACAUUCUAUUUAACGUAAUACUUGUGACAGUUUGUGAAUAUUGGAAAAGUAUAGUAGGAGUUCUGACUUCUAGUCUUGGUACAUUUGUACAUUUCUGCAGGGAGCUGGAUGGGAGCUGCUGGCAUUCUUAAUAGCUUUUAAUUAUUUUUUUUGACGAAGUGACAAAUUUGUCCUGUUAUAGAAGUUGUGGGAGGCCUCAUUGUACUGCCUUGCGAGGAUUGGCGAGAUGGUUGUAGCCAGGGUAUGUUACUUCCAUCCCUUAUGUAAUUCAUUGUACCAGUAGAUGGAGUUAGAUUGUGCGAUGCGAGAUAGCUCUGGGUCCAUUCACAGCACAGGGCUGUGGUCCAGGAGUGCUGGAAGUGUAGUGGAUUUGAAACGGAAAGCCUUUGCACCAAAAUACAUUUUACUUACCAAUCCUAUUUCUUCCCUGAAUAUAUUCCCUGUGCCUUUGAGAAUUGGGUAAGUAGAUGGCAUUUCCUUCGCCUUUUGUGGCAGAGCAUUACUGGUUUGCGUUUGAUGUAUUUCCUCACUUAAACAUUUUGCAUGAAAUAUUCCAUUUAUGCUACAAAUGUGAAUCUAGCUUUUGGAAGCAAGUUUAAAAUGCUAAUAAUGCAUAAUGGAAUACUUGAUGAGAAGUUCAUAUAAAAUAUAGUAUGUUAGCUCUUUCUAGAAGAGUAAAACACUUAACAAAAGCAUUGUUUGCUUCAUAAUUUCUUGGCAUACUAGCAAAUCAAAUUGUUAAAUUAGAUUUGCUUUGCAUGUUUUAGAUGUACACACCAGUUUUAAUAAUUUUGCCAACAUAGCUUUGUAUGUUUAAAAGGAAUGGAACAGAUGCUGCUAGGCAGAAACCUCCCAUCAAAUUUGAGGAAAAAAAAAUUUAACUGGGGAUGGAUGUUGGAAGUUUGAAUUUUCAUCUUCUGGAAGCAUGUUGUCUCCCCCUGAACAUGUUCUUGAGAUAAGCUACACAUUAAAUGUGGACCAUGUAACAAACGUGUAGUGAUUGGAGAAUACUAUUCAGAGGCCCAGAAAGAGACUUGAAUUAUCCCUGGGAAGGCAGAUUGAAUUGCAACAAACGUGUUGGCCAUUUGGCGAACUUUUGAAAAAUUCAGAAUGGAAAGAAAACAAAAGGCCCUACGGAAGUGUAAACAUUUCAAUUUUGUGUAGGAUCUUGAAUAAAUGAUGCAAAUAUUCUGUGUCAUAAUGAUGGAUAGCUGCAGCUCAAAUCUGAAUGAAUGAAUGAGUAAAAAUAGAUAGUACAUUUCCAUAAAUGUAUAGAAGCAAAAUAAGGCAAGUUCGCAAUGAGAUAUUCUUAGAAUGGAGUGUAAACUGCGAGUGACUGAUGCAAUUGAAGAUAACUCUACCGAUUCAUUCUCUUUAGGAAAGGUUGUAGAAGUUCCCUAGUUAAUCUUCUUUGCAUAAUCCACAUUGGGGUGAUACUGUAAAGGGAAGUUCAUUUUCUAUAAAAGGAUGUUAUGUUUCAGAUUUAAUAUGGAAGAUUUAAAUAACUCCCAUAUGCAGAACUUAAGCAAUCAUUGCCAGGCUGAAUGGUGCUAGCACCACAGACUCGAGUGAUGGAAAUGGUAAAUCCUUUAGUAAAACUACACUUUUCAAAUGUACCUGUAAUGGUGUUCCAUAGUUGGAUAAUGGUUUAAAUGUGUAAGCUCUAGCAAUAUUUUAUAUAAUAAAAAAUUAAUUGCAAACCUUUCAGAAUGUUUUAUUUAUAAUUUGAAUAUAUUGUUCCC